AUGGCAGCGAACUUUUUUGACGAAAUCAAGGACACUAUGAUGCACCUCGAAGAGAGUAUCACAUCAAGUAAUUGUGCGGCCAUUCAGUACAAAACUGUGUCCAAUGUGGAUCCCCCAACAUUCAAUAUGACACGAUUCAGUGAUCACAAGAGAGACAGCGAUCGAUGGACAUCCAACCCAGUAUACACCAAUCAACAGGGCUACAAGAUAUGCUUGAGGGUGAUUGCUAACGGCAACGGUUUUGGAAAAGGAACUCACGUGUCUGUGUUUCUACACUUCAUGAGAGGAGAGUUUGACGAUCAUCUAAAAUGGCCAUUUCGUGGGAUUAUUUCAUUGCGACUGCUAGAUCAGCACAGACAGAACCACAAAAAUGGUUCAGUGAUGUAUGACGAUAACGUGGUUGAGAGUGUAUGCACGAGAGUGAGAGAUGGGGAAGUGGGGAAAGGAGAGUGGGGUUACAUUAAAUUCAUUCCUCACACAGAACUGGAACCAUACCUGCAUGAAGACACGCUGGUGUUCCAGAUCUACAAAGUCGAGUUGCAUUGA